AAUAACUUUUAAUCUUAUAAGAACCAAAAGGGAAAAAAUUUGAAGAGACAACCGUAAAAUAGUCUUCAUAUUGAAAUUUUAAUUAUAUGAUUUUGGAAAAUGAUGUAAAGAUGUACUGAUUUUCCUUUUUUGCUGGAUGUUCUUCUCUAUAUAAACACAGAAAUAAAUACCAACAAACUAGAAAAGAAAAGAGAUAAAGAUAAACAAAGAAAAGAAAAGUGAACUAUGAAGCAAGAAAUAGUUGUUCUCAUUGUUGGAGCUGGCCCUGCUGGCAUAGCUACUUCUGCUUGUUUAAAUCUCAAAAAUAUUUCGAAUAUAAUUUUAGAAAAAGAUGACUCUUUUGCUUCUUUAUGGAGAAAAAGGUCUUAUGAUAGGUUGAAACUUCACUUAGCAACUCAAUUUUGUGAACUUCCUUACAUGUCAUUUCCUCCAAAUUUACCUACUUUUGUGUCCAAAAAUGAUUUUCUUGAAUACUUAGAUACUUAUGUUUCCCAUUUUAAUGUUAAUCCCUUAUAUCAACGUGCAGUUAAGUCUGCCUAUUUUGAUAAUGUUGAUGGUAAAUGGCAUGUUAAGGCGAUGAACGUUGAGAAAAAUGUCGCUGAGUAUUAUGUUGCUAGGAUUCUUGUUGUUGCAACUGGAGAAAAUAGUGAAGGUUUUGUUCCAAUAAUUGAAGGAUUAGAUGAUUUUGGUGGAAUGAUUAUGCAUUCUAGUGACUAUGGAAAUGGAAAGAGUUUUGAGGAGAAAGAAGUUUUAGUUGUCGGUUGUGGAAAUUCAGGCAUGGAAAUUGCCUAUGAUUUGUCUAACUGGGGUGCUCGGACCUCCAUUAUUGUUCAUAAACCUGUACACGUUCUCACGAAGAAAAUGGUCCACAUAGGACUGCUUUUAUUGAAAUAUAUUCCUUGUGAUACAGUGGAUAAAAUGAUGAUAAUGUUAAGCAAAUUGACAUAUGGAGAUCUCUCUGUCUUUGGGAUAAAUAGCCCUAAUAAGGGUCCUUUUUAUCUUAAGAAUGCUAGUGGUAGAUCUCCUGUUAUUGAUGUUGGAACAGUGGAUAAAAUCAAAGAAGGAAAAAUCAAGGUUUUACCUUCGAUCAAGAAAAUAAAGAAAAGUUAUGUUGAAUUUACUGAUGGUAAGAGGAAAAGAUUUGAUGCCUUGAUUUUUGCGACUGGGUACAAAAGCACAGUUAUGAAAUGGCUCAAGGAUGAUGGUGUGCUAUUCAAUGAAAAUGGGAUGCCAAAAAAAAGAAGUCCUUAUCACUGGAAAGGAGAGAAGGGUAUUUAUUGUGUAGGAUUUGCAAGUGCUGGAUUAUUUGGAAUUUCAUCUGAUGCCAAGAAUAUUGCUGAAGAUAUCGAUAGGAUUUUGAUGCACGUCGGUGGUGAGAUGGAUCUCAGCCAAGAAUACUGCUGAAGAUAUCGAUAGGAUUUUGAUGCACAUUUGAUGUGUGUCGUGGGGAGAUGAAUGAGACCCCUCCAUCUUUUAAUUAAAUAUUUUAGGUUCGAGUUUUGAGUAUGGAGCACUUUCAAUUUUAAUGGAUCAUACGAGGCGCGAAUCCAAUUAGUCGGGUCGAUAGUUUUCGAAUAUCGGAUGUAUUUGGGAAAAUCUAUAUUAAUAUUACUAUGUUUUCCGUCUCUCUUUGCAUAAUAUAAAUUCUUCUUGCAGUUGUAGCAAA